CGGCGGCUAUACAAAUACAGGUGCCGAUUUUGAGAACUCUGAUUAUAAUGUGUCUACAAUUACAAACGACCAUAAUAACAAGAAUUCAGUGGAAAAUAUUAACAUUUGUGAUAUGCCGACUAAUGACGUCAAAAAGCAAACUGACGGUGUAGUGUAUAAAAGCGUCAAUGAUGGAAAUAGUCGAAUGGUUAUGUCCGAAAGCAAAUUUUUAGAAAAAGGCGAAGAAAAGAAAAUUGAGAUUGAUGAUGCGAAUUUACGUCGUCUUAAUUACAAAAUCUCUGAAAAUCCACCGAUUCAUCUGGCCUUGUUCUUUGCUAUGCAGAAUGUAUUACUGGCCCUACCAUGGUGCUUAUCGAUGGCUAUUUUAGUAGCAGACUUUGUUUGUGCCGAAGAUGAUUAUAAUUUUAAAGCCAUGCUUCUGUCUACAACUCUUCUAAUGUCUGGGUUGACCACCCUUGUUCAAGUAACUGUGGGUAUAAGGUUACCAGUUUAUCAAGGUCCAACAACUGCCUACAUUAUCCCUUUGCUAGCCUUAAAAGAAUUACCAGAAUGGUCAUGUCCGGAGAUGCACACUAAAAUACACACAGGGUUAAAUAUGACGUUUCCAGGUAAUCUGACCGGUUUAAACGGAACAGAUUCAACGAUGCAUUACAGAGAAGCCGUUAUUCUUCCAAGAAUACGUGUGACAAUGGGAUGUUUAGCAUUGGCUGGGUUUAUACAUAUGUUGACAGGAAUGUUUGGCUUGGUUGGUAUGGUAAUGAAAUUUGUUGGACCAAUAACAGUAAUUCCAACAGUAUUACUCAUUGGUCUAAAUGCAUUUAAAGUCACAACGAAAUUCUGCCAGGUGCACUGGGGAAUAGCUGCUGUAACAGGAAGUACAUCUCUGAUAAUGUCAUUAUACCUAGACGGAAAAAGAAUGCCAGUACCAGUCUGGACACCAACAAGAAAAUGGCACAUUGUAAGGUAUCCCCUGCAACAAGUAUUAUCUAUUUUGAUCUCCAUCGUAAUAGGAUGGACCCUAUCUGCAAUUUUCACUGUGACGAAUGUACUUCCAAAUGACAAAGACCAUGCACAAUAUUUAGCAAGAACAGAUUCCAGAUCACAUGUUAUCACAUCUACGCCUUGGUUUUACUUGCCAUAUCCAGGCCAGUUUGGACCGAUGGAUUUUUCAGGUGGUAUAUUCAUGGCAUUUUUUACGGCAACAUUAUACUCGAUAACGGAUUCCAUUGCUGAUUAUCAUGCAUGUGCCAAAAUGUCUCGAGUACCCCCUCCACCGAUUCAUGCAAUAAACAGAGGUUUAAUGUUUGAGGGUUGUCUGAGCAUGAUUUCCGGUUUCUUUGGUGCCGGACAUGCUACCUCCACGUACGGUGGUCAUAUAGGAUCAAUAGGAAUCACAAAGGUUGCAAGUAGACUUGUUUUCGGAUUGUUUCCCUGUAUAUUGAUCCUUUUUGCAAUCAUUGGAAAACUCGCAGCUGUCUUCAUAACCAUUCCGUAUCCGGUCCUUGGAGGUGUUCAAAUUAUAGGGUUUGGAAUGUUUAUUGGGCUUGUAAUGUCUAAUCUCCAAUACAUUGACAUACACUCAACAAGAAAUUUGGCAAUCAUUGGGAUUUCUACACUUUUGGGAUUAAUGUUACCGUUUUGGGCAAAAGGCAAUGCAGAUUCCAUUAAUACAGGUUCACCUGGAUUUGACAGCUUUAUACGUGUCGUUUUAUCGAACCCAUCACUAGUUGGAGGGGUUUCUGCAUGUUUUCUCGAUAAUACUGUGCAAGGAACGAGAAAGGAAAGAGGAUUAUUAGCAUGGGGACAGGCAGCUGCUGGUACUGCAGAUAAAUCAGUCUCACUUGAUUACGAAGAAGGUUAUGAAAUAUACGAAAUCCAGAGUUGGUCUGCAAGAGUAAAUCAAUUGUCUUUCACAAAAUAUAUUCCAUUUUUCCCAAAAUAUGAUAUAAAAAAUCUAAAAUGCACUUGUUGCAAGAAAAAUAAUAGCUAUGAAUCAUAA